AUGCUUGAGAUCAUGCUAACCAAGCCUGUUGUGAUGCAAGAGAGUGGCGGAAUCAACAUUCGAGACUGGGUCGAGAAGCGCAUGCAAGCGAACGACAUAGAAGCCCUCAAAGACCCCAAUUUUGAUUCGGUGCCUCAAAAUCUUCUACUCAAACUCGUUGAGCUUGCUCUGCAAUGCACGUCGCUCCUCGCCUCGUCGCGGCCACAUAUGAUUGAUGUUGUCGCGCAGUUGGGUGUGUUGAGAAGGGAUUUCUUCGAAGUUCAGACGUCGACAAAGGAUACUAGGUUGCUCAAGAUUGAUAAGGAGUUUCGGAGGCAGGGUACGGGACCCCAACGCAGCAUGGAGGAUGAACUUGAUCUACUUGACGGGAUGCUCGGGCGAGGGACAUAA